AUGGACGGUGUGUUCCCCGAGGCCCUCAAGGCGCUCAAGGACGCGGACCCCGAGGUCUACGGCAUCAUCCAGGAUGAGAAGAAGAGGCAAUGGACGGGCAUCGAGCUGAUCGCGUCCGAGAACUUCACGUCGAUGCCGGUGAUGGAGGCGCUGGGGUCGUGUCUGACGAACAAGUACAGCGAGGGCCAGCCCGGCGCGCGGUACUACGGCGGCAACGAGAACAUUGACAAGAUCGAGCUGCUGUGCAAGUCCCGCGCCCUCACCGCGUACGGGCUCGACCCCGAGCAGUGGGGCGUCAACGUGCAGCCGUACUCGGGCUCCCCCGCCAACUUCGCCGUGUACACCGCGCUCCUGCAGCCGCACGACCGCAUCAUGGGCCUGGACCUGCCCUCGGGCGGGCACCUCACGCACGGGUACUACAACGCGCUCGGGCGGAAGAUCUCCGCCACCUCCAUCUUCUUCGAGAGCCUCCCGUACAAGCUCAACAUGGACACCGGCCUCCUCGACUUCGACAAGCUCCUCGAGAAGGCCAUGGACUUCCGCCCCAAGAUGAUCAUCUGCGGCGGCAGCGCGUACCCGCGGGACUGGGACUACAAGCGCUUCCGGGAGAUCGCCGACAAGGUGGGCGCCCUGCUGAUGUGCGACAUGGCGCACAUCUCCGGCCUGGUCGCGGCCCGCGAGGCCAACUCGCCGUUUGAGUACUGCGACGUGGUGACCACCACCACGCACAAGUCGCUCCGCGGCCCGCGCGCGGGCAUGAUCUUCUACCGCAAGGGCGUCAAGCCCGCGGACCGCCUGCGGAAGGGCGAGCCGGAGGGCACCAAGUACGACUACGGCGACAAGAUCGACUUCGCGGUGUUCCCCUCGCUCCAGGGCGGGCCGCACAACCACCAGAUCGGCGCGCUGGCCGUGGCGCUCAAGCACGCCACCUCGGACGACUUCAAGGCCUACAUCAAGCAGGUCAAGGCCAACUCGGUCGCGCUGGGCAACGCCCUCAUGAAGAUGGGCUACAACCUCGUCACGGACGGCACGGAGAACCACCUCGUGCUGUGGGACCUCCGGCCAACGGGCGUCACGGGCUCCAAGAUGGAGCGGGCGUGCGAUCUGUGCCACAUCACGCUGAACAAGAACGCCGUGUACGGCGACGCGUCGGCGAUGACGCCCGGCGGCGUGCGGAUCGGGACGCCGGCGAUGACGUCGCGGGGCCUCAGGGAGGCGGACUGGGAGGUGAUUGCUGCUCUGCUGGACCGCGUCGUGAAGGUGUGCCUCAAGGUGCAGGAGAGCCACGGGAAGAUGCUCAAGGACUUCGAGAAGGGCAUCGUGGCGGACCCGGAGAUCGCGGCGAUCAGGAAGGAGGUCGAGGCCUUUGCCUCGAAGUUCCCCAUGCCCGGCUUUGAUGUGUCGGCGUUGUAG